UGCACCUCCAGCUUUACGCGCGCUUCCCCCCUCCCCCCGUCGUUGCCGGGCCUUCUGCCCCAGAUUGACGGUGCUUGUCGCUCCAUCGCUCACCGCUGUCGUCGGGAGGUGGGGAAGAUGAAUGGGAGGACUGAUUUUCGAGAGCCGAAUGCAGAAGUUCCAAGACCAAUUCCCCACAUAGGGGCUGAUUAUAUUCCAACAGAGGAAGAAAGAAGGGUCUUCGCAGAAUGUAAUGAAGAAAGCUUUUGGUUCAGAUCUGUGCCUUUGGCUGCAACAAGUAUGCUGAUAACUCAAGGAUUAAUUAGUAAAGGAAUCCUUUCAAGUCAUCCCAAGUAUGGUUCCAUCCCUAAACUUAUAUUUGCUUGUAUCAUGGGCUACUUUGCUGGAAAACUGUCUUACGUGAAAACUUGCCAAGAGAAGUUUAAGAAUCUGGAGAAUUCCCCUCUUGGAGAGGCUUUACGAUCAGGACAGGCGCGACGAUCUUCACCUGGGCACUAUUCUCAAAAGUCAAAAUAUGACUCAAAUGUCAGUGGUCAUCCAUCUUUUGUGACAUCCCCAGCAGCAGACAACAUAGAAAAAGAUACACUUCCUCAUUAUGAGCCAAUUCCAUUCAGUGCUUCCAUGAAUGAAUCUACUCCCACUGGUAUUACUGAUCAUAUUGCCCAAGGACCUGAUCCCAACAUUGAAGAAAGUCCUAAAAGAAAAAAUAUUACAUAUGAGGAAUUAAGGAAUAAGAACAGAGAGUCAUAUGAAGUAACUUUAACACAAAAGACUGACCCCUCAGUCAGGCCUAUGCAGGAAAGAGUGCCAAAAAAAGAAGUCAAGGUAAACAAAUAUGGAGAUACUUGGGAUGAGUGAGAAAUGACAUCAUUGGACCAACUGAAGGAGUUUCAGUAUCCAGCUUCAUCUAGGUGGUCAUGAAUAUCUGCAUGCUUUGAGUUCAGCAGCAGUCCUCAUAAACAUUUAAAGCUAGUGUUUUUGUGGUUUGGCUUAUUAUGUUUUAAAAAACACAGGUUUUAAUGUUAAUAUUAUGUAAAUGUACUUGCCUUGGGGAACUAUAUGAAUGGUGGUAUUAUACCAUGACUAUAUACAGUUGUGAAAUUGUUUUAAAAGUUAUAGGGCAAAGUUACUUUUAUAAAACCAUCAAGAAAUUGUAAUGCUCUAGAAUCAGUAUAUGUGAAAGUAAGUAAUACUGCAUGUAGACUUGGCGUAGGUGGGGUAGCAAGCAUAAUCGUAAAUGUUAAGCUUCGCAUCAAAAAAUUAUAAAAAAUCUUUCUCCAGUUUUUGCUGUAUUAAUGUUUAUGAUAAAUAAAUGUAAAGGAACAUGCAA